AAAUCUCGAGCGCGGCAACGACGAGCACCUGCGACGGCUUCGAUAGAAACCUGAUACCAUUUUCACCUGUGACAUUUGAAGCAGGUCAGGUUCUCGAUUUCUGAGCCACUUGCGAUCCAGUGUCUUCCUCGUCUUAACCGGAGUCAGCAAAUUUUCUCCCCUCGGGACCUACUUUCAUCGACGACGGUCCCUCUACGGCACGAACGUCUUUCAUCAGUUCGAACGUUGUAACGGUCAACUUUACAUACAGACAUAAUGGCAUUUGGAGCUCCUAGAGGACGCGGUGGACCGGCUCGUGGUGGCCGUGGUGCCCCUCGAGGAGGUGGUGGCUUUGGUGGUCGCGGUGGCAGAGGUGGUGCCCCCCGUGGCCGUGGAGGACCCCGUGGAGGCGGCCGUGGUGGUCGCGGUGCUCCCAGAGGUGGUCGUGGUGGUGGUCGCGGCGGCAAGCCCGGUGUCAAGGGUGGUGCCAAGGUCAUCAUUGAGCCUCACCGUCAUGCCGGUGUCUUCGUUGCCCGCGGCGGUAAGGAAGACCUGCUGGUCACCAGGAACCUGACCCCCGGAGAGGCUGUUUACGGCGAGAAGCGUAUCUCGGUUGAGGCCCCGUCUACUGGGGAAGAUGGCGCUACUACCAAGGUCGAAUACCGUGUCUGGAACCCUUUCCGUUCCAAGCUGGCUGCCGGUAUUCUGGGUGGUAUGGAUGACAUCUACAUGCGCCCCGGCUCCAAGGUUCUGUACCUGGGUGCUGCCAGCGGUACUUCCGUCAGUCACGUUGCUGAUAUUGUCGGACCUACUGGAACUGUGUACGCUGUCGAGUUCUCUCACCGUUCCGGCCGUGACCUGAUUGGCAUGGCUACCCACCGUACCAACGUCAUCCCCAUUGUUGAGGAUGCCAGACACCCUCUCCGCUACCGGAUGCUCGUCAGCAUGGUCGAUGUCAUCUUCGCAGACGUUGCCCAGCCUGACCAGGCCCGUAUCGUGGGUCUCAAUGCCCACCAGUUCCUGAAGGAAGGCGGUGGUGUCAUCAUCUCCAUCAAGGCCAGCUGUAUCGACAGUACCGCCAAGCCCGAGGUUGUGUUCGCCAGAGAGGUCCAGAAGAUGAGAGAGGAGCGGAUAAAGCCCAAGGAACAGCUGACGCUGGAACCCUUCGAGCGUGACCACUGUAUCGUGGCUGGUAUCUACAAGCGCUCCGCAUAGAUAUCCGCAUAGAUAGUUUUGUAUCUUGCUCUUUCAUGUCUGGUGAUAUAUGUCUCUUCUGGCGUCUAGUGAUGUGUGUGCUGUAUUUUUGAAAUCUUCUUGUUCACUAUCUUCCAAGGUUGCACGUGUAUUUUCUUCGUUUUAAGUCACAGGAAGCUUCAGGUGUCUGGUCUCGCUCGGAUCCAAGCGAUUCUCCUGCUUUGAAAACAAAAGUGCGGCAGUCUUGCAACAAUUACGUUAAUGCUCUCCUCCGGGAAAAGAAAAAGCUAUCCACCGUUAUAUUGAUCUUCGAUAUGGUAAACGGGAACUUCUAACAUGAGCGCAUGCUGCCGCUUGGUUCAGCAGAUUAGAACUGUUUGAAUGGCCGACUAUCUCUGCCAUAUUCUCAAGGGUCAUGGGCACCGCCUGGGUAUGCAUUGUGUAGUUCGUAAGACAUGGCUGUUCUCGUGAAGCAUGUGAUUGAAAAAGGAAUUGGCCAUGUUCUUUU